AUGGGCCUCGCAACAUACACAAUGGAAGAAGACCCAACACAAGUGACCCUACCAUACCCAGCACAAACCCGCCAAGCCUCUGCUACCAUCAACGACACCCUCACAAACAUCACCUCGAUGUCCUUCUCCGACAAAAUCAUGAUCACCAUCACACAAAACGGCAGAUUAGGUCAAUGGGUCUCCGUCCCCCUCCUCGCCGACAACCCAACCACAUCCGAUCCACAUUUCAACCUUGCACAAGCAGGGAACGAAGACAGUUUAUUACCCGUCACGCGCUUUCAACCACGUGUACUCCUCGGUGCCGGUGGUAACGAGCGAGAGACGCAGGCUCAGCUCUAUGCUAGUCAGGUGGCGAGUCUGAUUACUACGAAGGACCCGAGUGAGACACGAGUGCUGAUGCUGGGGCUGGGUCUGGCGAAGGUCGAUCUGAGCAGAGAGACGUUUCUGGAGAUUUUGGAUCUAGUCACGAAGGUUUUGUGA